CACAACACAGAGAGAGAGAAAAGAAAAAAAACCAGUAGAGAGAGAAAGAAGAGAGAGAGAGGAAUAGUAUAAUUUACUUUUCCUCUUGGCGGUGCCGUUAGACCAUGUCUAACCCUGGCGACUGGCUUCAAUUUUACCAUCACAACCUCUCUAACACGGCGGCAGCCGCGACGCCGCCACCGUCUUCCGAUCAACCCGCCUCCGCAAUGAUGUUCGCCGAUCGAGUUUCCGAUGCCACCGCCGUCGCCACCACCUCCACCGCCGUCGGAAGUUCUGCCGGGAACGCUGGGGUUUCUGCCGGCUUGAACCCGGAUGGUCGCGUCGGAAAGCCGGUUCGCCGCCGGUCCAGGGCGUCUCGCCGGACUCCGACGACGCUGCUCAACACGGACACCACGAAUUUCAGAGCGAUGGUUCAGCAGUUCACCGGCGGUCCAACUCCGCCGUUCGCGUCUUCGAUUUCGCACCACGGCGGCGCCCCCAAUUUCUCGCUAGGCUUCGGGGGGAUUCGUCAAUCGAAUUUCGGCAAUCUGCCCAACGUCGGGAUGUCUCCGCCGCCGUCUGGUUACCUACAGCAGCAGCCGCAGUUCUACCAUCAGAACCACCCCGAGCCGUUCAUGUUUCCGGCCGGCGCGCACGGCGGCGACUUUCUGCAGAGGCUAUCCGCGACUAGGCCGGCGAAUGGCGGAGUCGUCGUAGACGGAUUUCUGAUGGAAAGCGCGGUUUCUUCUCAAAUUCCGUCCGCCGGAGGUUCUGCAGAUUCCUCCAACGAGAGCAAUGACGGCAAUGGCGGAUUACUGUUCUGACGACGGGGAAAGGAAGUUGGACGGCGGCGCCGAUGACUGACCUGAGAAAAUUUGUGGGCCUUUGAAGAAAUUUGUGGGCCUUUUGGGUUCUAAUUAUUUACACUCAUUGGCAAUGGCGAAGGCGAAAGGUUACAAUUUUUUUUUUUAUUUUUAAUAUUUUCUUAAUUUUCUUAGAUUUUUAUUGGGUGGAGAUAUAGGAUGAAGACUAGGAAAAAAUAGGGAUUUUGGCUUUUAUGUUUUGGUUUUUCCUUCAUUUAUUGAUGUU